AUGACUAAGAAAAUACAAGAUAGUGUUAAAUUAAAUGACAAGAAUGACAUUUUAGUAACUUCAAAGUUACUGGAUAAUAAUAAAAUGAUGGUAAAUGAAGAUAUUUUAUAUUAUAAGGAUGAUAAUGAAGUAAUGAUAGAUAGUGACUCAAUAAUAGACUCAACAGAGUCAUUGAAUGUAGAUAAAUUACCUUUAACAUUUACUAAAGAUAAAAGUACUUUUAAAAAAGCGAAAUUAUAUAUAGAAGAAUUAGAUAAUAAUAAAGAUUUUGAAGAACAUAUAUAUGAAAUUAAUGACAAUAAAAUGAGUAAUAAUUUAAUUAAUAAAAAUAUGAAUAAUUAUAAGAAAAGUCGUGUAAAUAAUUCUAAUCCAGGGAAUUUAUUUUCUCCAUUUUCUAUUAAUGUUACAGAAAGUUCUGAAAAUAUGCUAAGUCCAGCAUAUGAUCCAUCAAAAUUAAAUAAAAAUGAUUUAAUAGAUAUAAAAAGAUCAUCUAUUUAUUUUUCAAUAUUAGUUGAUGCAUUAUCUCUCAUUGAAUCUUUAAAAGGAACUGGGAGUGGUAGCAAAAAGAAUUGUAUAGUUGUACUUGCAAAUUUAUUUCGUACAAUAAUAUAUCAUAAUCCAACAGAUUUAAUUCCUGCAACAUAUAUAUGUUUAAAUAAAAUAUCUCCUGAUUAUGAAAAUAGAGAAUUUGGAGUUGGAGAAUCAAUAAUAAUUAAAUGUAUUGCAGAAGUAUUAGGUAGAUCUGAAAAUUCUAUUAAAGAAGAUUUAGCAUCAGGUUCUUAUGAAGAUUUAGGGGAAAUAGCAGCAGCUAGUAGAUAUGCUAUGAGGGUAUUAUUUGAACCACCACGUCUGACAAUUCAAGAAGUUUUUAAUGAAAUGUAUGCUUUAGCAUGUAUACAUGGUAAUCAAGCACAACAAAAAAAAAGAGAUAAAAUAAAGAAAUUAAUGGUAGCAGCUAAACAAUCAGAAGUAAAAUUUAUAAUCAGGUUUCUCCAAGGAAGAUUAAGAAUAGGAGUACAGCAAGUUACAGUAUAUAAUUCAUUAGCAAAUUCAUUUGUAUUAACAAGAAAUAGUGAUGAAAAUUCUAAAUAUUCAGAUAUUCGAUUACAAGAAUUUAAAUUUAAAACAAAUAUAGAACUAGAUAAUACUAUUUUAGAUAUGGAGAAAGCAUUUCGUAGUAGUCUAUGUCAAUUGCCAAAUAUAGAAAAAAUAAUUGAUAUAGCUUUAAAAGGAGUAACUCCAAAUGAUUUAAGAUUAAAAUGUACAUUAAUUCCAGGUAUUCCAUGUGAACCAAUGCUUGCAAGGCCUACAAAAGGAAUUUCAGAGAUAUUAUCUCGUUUUGAAAAGAUGAAGUUUACAGCUGAAUAUAAAUAUGAUGGUGAAAGAGCUCAAAUACAUGUAUAUAAGUUAGAAAGUGGUAAUUAUAAUAUUGAUAUUUUUAGUCGUAAUUUAGAAAAUAUUACAAAUCGUUAUCCUGAUGUUGCUAUAUCAAUAAAAGAAUCAUUAAUAAAUACUGUAGAAGAUUGUAUAUUAGAUUGUGAGGUAGUUGCAUAUUCUAUUGAAAAUGAAAAGAUACUUCCAUUUCAAGUUUUAAGUACAAGAAAAAGAAAAGAUGUUAAUAUUAAUGACAUAAAGGUGCAUGUCUGUGUAUUUCUUUUUGAUUGUAUGCAUUUUAAUGGAAAUUCACUUAUAAAAUAUUCACUUGCUGAACGCCGUGAAUAUUUAAAAAAGUGUAUUUUAGAAAUUCCUAAUAAGAUAUAUUUUGUAAAAAAUUGUAUUACUGAUAAAAUAGAUGUUUUGGAGACAUUUUUAGCAGAAGCUAUAGAGAAUAAUUGUGAGGGAUUAAUGGUUAAGACUUUAAAUGAAAAUGCAAGUUAUGAACCUUCUAAGCGUUCUUUAAAUUGGCUUAAAAUAAAGAAAGAUUAUAUUGAUGGUAUUAUGGAUAGUAUUGAUGUUGUCCCUAUAGCUGCAUUUUAUGGUAAAGGUAAAAGGUGUGGUAUAUAUGGAACAUUUCUAUUGGCAGUUUAUAAUCCAAAUAGUGAAAUUUAUGAGACAAUAUGUAAAAUAGGAACAGGAUUUUCAGAGGAAAUUUUACAAAGACUUUAUAAUAUGUUAACUGAAUAUAUAAUAUCGGAUAUAAGUGCAAAAUCUUAUUAUCAUGUUGAUUCUAUUUCUUUAAAACCUGAUGUUUGGUUUGAGCCUAAGUUUAUUUGGGAGGUUAAAGGUGCAGACUUAUCUCUUUCUCCUGUACAUAAUACUGCAUUUGGAAUUCGUGAAGAAGGAAAAGGGAUUGGUUUAAGAUUUCCUAGAUUUAUACGUAUAAGAGAAGAUAAAAAACCUGAAGAUGCUACUACAUGUGAUCAAAUUAUUGACUUAUUUGAUAGUCAAUUUAUAGAAAAUAGAAAAUAUGCAACAAAUACAAAUGUUGAACAAGAAUUUGAAGAUCUAGAUGAAGAUAUAUAA